AUGCUUAUAUUGCUAGUGUUGGUAAUGCUACUAUCUGAGAGUGUGUGCAAGAUUCCUCUUGUUAAAUGUAAAAUGGGUCACCCUAGUCCAAUUAAUCAUAAUUCUUUUCAGUCAGGAGACCUUCUUAUUGGUGGCAUUAUUUCCCAGAUCUACUUCACUUCUGACAGGGUAACAUACAGAAGACAUCCCUCCGAGGAACUGGUUGAUCACAUCAUCUAUUUUAGUCCAAGACUUACUUUUCAAGCCUCCAUGGAAUUUCUCUCCACAUGGCGGGAAUUGAUCCCUAACUAUAAGUGUGAUGCCCCGAGCAAUCUGGUAGCAGCCAUUGGGGGACCUAACAUUAAUGUCUGUCUCCACAUGGCAGACAUUCUGAACAUUUACAAGCUUCCACAGCUCACAUAUAGUUCUGCUCCAGAAACAAACAAAGCCCAAACUGUUUUCUUCCAGUGGAUGUUUCCAAAUACAGGCAGUCAAUAUAGAGGGAUCCUUCAGUUACUGCUACACUUCAGGUGGACAUGGAUUGGGGUGGUAUAUUUCGGUGUUAUCAGUACAGAGAUGUUUGUACAGAACAUGCUUCUGAUGUUUUCCCAGAGUGGCAUCUGCUUUGACUUUAUUAAAAAAUUACCAGGAAUAACAUUUUACAAUGACUACACUAACAUGGUGGCAGAGGGAACUGAAAUAUUAUAUAUUGUCAUGGAAAGCAAAGCCAAUACAGUAGUCUUACAUGGCGAAAUGCAUACUAUGAUUUAUUUGAGACAUGUUUUUCAGUUGUUGGCAUUUGAAGGCCUACAGUGGAAUAAAAAAGGUAAAGUCUGGAUUAUGACAACUGAGAUGGAUUUCACAUCGCUUCCCUUUCAAAGAGGAUUUGAUCUAGACUUCCUCCAUGGUGCUUUAUCCUUUGCAAUUCACUCAGAGGACAUAUUAGGAUUCCAGACCUUUCUACAGAUGAGAACCCCUGCCAAAGAAAUAGGAGAUGGCUUUCUCAAGGAUUUCUGGGAACAGGCAUUUAAUUGUGUGUUCCCCAGCUCAGAGGCAGAUGAGAAGACUGAAGAAGUCUGCACUGGGGAGGAGAAACUGGAGACUCUCCCCAGGUCUGUAUUUGAAAUGCGCAUGACUGGCCACAGUUAUAGCCUCUACAAUGCUGUUUAUGCUGUGGCACAUGCUUUGCAUGCCAUGCAUUCAUCCAUGUCUAAGCACAGAACAGUGAUUCAUGGAGGGGGAUGGAGACUUUGGAAUUUUCAUCCAUGGCAGCUCUUUCACUUGUUGAGAAGAGUCUCGUUUAACAAUAGUGCUGGGGAAAUGGUUUCUUUUGACCAAGAUGGGGCAUUGGUAGGUGGAUUCGAUAUUAUCAACUGGAUCACUUUCCCAAACAAGUCCUUCCUUAGAGUCAAAGUGGGAAGGACAGACCCACAUACUCCCCCAGACAAAGCGGUCACCAUUUCUGAGGAUACCAUUGUGUGGCUCAGCAGGUUUAACCAGACACUGCCUCUUUCAUUGUGUAAUGACAAUUGCCAUCCAGGUUACAGAAAAGCAAAGAAGGAAGGGAAGCCAUUUUGUUGCUUUGAUUGCCUUCCAUGUCCAGAAGGGAAGAUUUCAAACCAGAAGGACAUGGAUGACUGUGUUCAGUGUUCAGAAGAUCAUUAUCCAACACAUGAUCGGGAUUUAUGCAUUCCAAAAGUCAUAAAUUCCUUGACUUAUGAAGAACCGUUGGGCAUCGGUUUGGCAAUUUUUGCUCUUUCCUUGUCUUGCAUCACAGUUUUUGUACUUGGAACUUUCAUGAAGUAUCAUAACACACCCAUUGUCAAAGCCAACAACCGAAGUCUCUCCUACACUCUCCUCAUCUCCCUCCUGCUCUCCUUCCUUUGUGUUUUCCUCUUCAUUGGUCGACCUGCGGAGUUGACCUGUCUUCUUCGACAACCGGCCUUCAGCAUCAUUUUCUCGGUUGCUAUUUCUUGCAUGCUGGCCAAAACCAUCACAGUGAUUCUAGCUUUCAUGGCCAAAGAGCCAGGGUCCAGCAGGAGAAAGUGGGUUGGGAAAAGACUCUCCAUCUCCCUUGUCCUUUCCUGCUCUCAUCUUCAAGCAGGCAUUUGUGCAAUAUGGUUAGGAACCUCUCCUCCAUUCCCGGAUUUUGACAUGCAUUCGCUCACUGGAGAGAUUAUAGCAAAAUGUAAUGAAGGAUCUGUCUUCAUGUUUUAUCUUGUUAUGGGUUACAUGGGAUUUCUGUCCAUCAUCAGCUUCAUUGUGGCUUUCCUUGCUCGGAAGUUACCAGACAGCUUUAAUGAAGCGAAGUUUAUCACCUUCAGCAUGUUGUUGUUCUGCAGUGUUUGGUUGUCUUUUGUUCCUACCUACUUGAGCACCAAAGGGAAAUAUAUGGUGGCUGUGGAGAUCUUCUCCAUCUUAGCUUCUUGUACUGGGAUACUGGCUUUUAUCUUUUUCCCCAAAUGCUACAUCAUUGUGCUGAGGCCUGAAUUGAACAAAAAGGACCAGCUGGUGAAGAGAAAAUAUUAA